UUAUUAUUACUGUUACAGAAUGCUCAUGGUGUUAUUGAUGCCCGUGAGUCCAGUAUCAACAGUUUAGAGUAUAACCUCACCAAUGAGAGAGGGAGGAUCAAGGAACUGACCAAAAGGAUGCCGUCACUAGAGACCAGACUAUCAGGAAUAAUGGAGGAGACCAGCUCAGUGAAGAGACAGCUGGAGGAGAAGACAGGACAAUUACUAUUAACAAGGAAACAACUUAAAAUAGCAAGAGAGAAGAACUCAGAGAUUGAUAAGAAGAUGGAGAGUUUGGAGCAGAUGAGAGAGAGACUGAGUAACAUGGACAUGGAGAACAGGACACUGAAGGAAUUCCUAACAGCAAAGACAGCAAUGGUGGAGAAGAGAAAGAGAGAAAUACAACAGUUAAAGGAGAAGUUGGUUGAAAUGGAGGCCAGAGAUGAUCGUAGGGCCAUCAUACUAGCUGAUGUACUGGAGAAGACAGCAAGAGCCUACCAGAGACAACUACAAUCACAACCAGCAGCACCAGCACCUCCUCCCACUAGCAAGAAAGACACCAGGCCUGUUAGUGCUCCUGCAGUUCAGUUUGAUGACUUGUAUGAGGAGCAGAGAGACAUGCUCUCCCUUUCUUACCAUUAUCCUCUCAGUACACCACCCACCCAUCACCACACACUCACCACUGGGCCUUACAACAAUGGAGGAAUCAACAGGAGGAGCAUCAUUAAGAAGAAAGGGCAUAUUAAGGCAAAGUCUGUUCCUAGACUGCCCCCAAUAGGAAGAAGUAGACCUGAUUUUAGGAUAGUAACUAGUAAAGACGUGAAGCAAAGAUAUAAAGAGGUUGAUUGUUUGAUUAAGAAGAAAUCAAAUAAUGAUUCAUGUGACUGUGAAGUCUGUGCUGCUAACAGAGGUGAAAUUAAGAGACCGGAUUACUUACCUGGUCUAACUGGUAAGACUGGUUUGGAGAGACUGAGAGAAGAAGCUGACAGGAGAGAAGAGGAACUAGCAAAACAACUUAAACUGGGACAGCGUGUACUAGUACAAGUUAAGAAAUCAAUGUAUGAUUUGGAGCCACAGAAGCUAACUGGUGUUAUAAAGUACAUUGGUAAAGUAGACAAGGAAUACGUUGAUAAUAGAAUAUAUGUUGGAGUCAAACUUGAUGAACCAGGUUUGUAUAAUAAUAAAUGUACAACUGUACAUGUACAUGAUGUAUAGCUGGUUUUAACUGG